AUGACCUUUGCUGAGAUCAAAGCCAUGACAACUUGGGGUUGGGACAGGCACAUAUGGGACAUCAGACCCGAAUCACUACCUAAUCUCAGACUCGCUGCGUGGCUCAUCGAGUUCUUCUUCCUCCUCGGCAACGCCUCCACAAAGAUCUCGAUUCUCCUUUUUUAUAGGAGAAUCACUUCAGGUUUACCGGGAUUUUGGUUCUUGUAUCUAGCUUGGGCCGCCAUUGCCUUCACCGUACUCUAUACACUUGGCUUGUUACUUGAACUCUUUUUCAUUUGCCGGCCCCCCGAGUCCUACUGGAAAUCAUACAAUCCAUUAUACACCAAGAAACACGCCUGCGGCAACGAGCAUAUCCCGUUCAUUCUCAGCGCAGCUGCCUCGAUCACGUCCGAUAUUUACUCGUCAGUUUUACCAAUGAUGCUCGCUCGAACCCUGCAGAUGACGCGCAGACAACGCUUCAGCUUCUACGCCUUGUUUUCAGCUGGCCUCUUGACAGCAGGAAUUGGAAUAGCUCGACUUUUAGUCUUCAUUCCCGUAACAAAGAAUUACCAAAUGGGUCUACAUACUCAUGAUGUGUCCUGGCUAGGCUGGCCGCUUCUGGCUCUCACUGAUAUCGAAGCACAUCUCGCUAUUAUUAUUGCAUCAUUACCAGCAUUAAAGGUGUUGUUCCGACACCGACUGUCCGAUCCAUUCAGAAAGAUCAGCGGUUCCCUACGAACGAUGUCGACCUCCAGUCGAACGCCCUCUGGGAUGUCGUCCUUCCGCUCUGGACCUUCUAGGGGGCAAACUCAGCACGUUCCUGUAUCCUGGUCUAAGCAACAUAUACAGGAUGAGGAGCUUCAAAGGCAGGCGUCACAAAUCCACGACAGCCAUCAGCGCUAUGUGGUGCGCGAAUCGCCUCAGCCCGCAACCAACGCCAGAGCGGAACAGCGCAGCGCGUCAUGCCAUGGUGACGCCAGUUUUCAUCAGCGUUCCUGGUCUCAUGCUUCUUCCCAGGCUGAUCCUCCUCAAACGGCGGUUAAUGCUUUACCGCUUGCCGCUGUUGACUUCCAGCACCCAGAACCAGAUCUUUCACGAGGGGAGUUCAGGACAACCGUGUCUACGUGGGCAUUCUGUCGCGCUGCGAGAGGCGCUUUGCUCCCUGGCGCUCAUCAAGGAGUGCAAUACGUCCAGGACUCACACGACAAGACCUACCAGGCCUCACGCCAGACCGCACCGGCUCCCCAUUUUGAAACGGCCAGCCUCCCAUCGAAGUCUUACAUCAACCACCUGGCUCACGUGUGCGACUUUCGCCUCAAUACCAGUCAUUACUGUUUUAACCUUCUCGAAUUUCAACAGCGACUCGACAGAACUGACCUGGCAUUGUUAGGAACGACCUCAAGCGCGUUUCAUGCAGAAAUUCUAGCCAUUCUAGCGUUAGGCAAGCUCUUCCUAGAGAAAGGGGCGAGUACCCUUGGCCCGCCAGGCAUUCACCAGUUCCAAGGAGCUACCAGUGCGCUGCCGAACAUUGCUACCGCCAGCGAGGACCCAAUAUCAAUAAUUGAAACACUUCUGCUUUUGUCUAUCUACUCACAAGCAGCUGACAUGCACCAUGCAGCUUAUCUUUAUAUUGGUCAAGCAGCCAGUUUGGCCCGCUCAAUUGGACUGUCGAAGGAUGCUCGUACCGGCGUAGGAAGCAGUGCGCUCGGCCCCGCCACAGUUCGGAAAAUCUGGUGGACUAUCUGCCUGCUGGAACAGAAGCAGGCCCUCACGAUAGGCGCCGAAUCCGAGUUCCUUUACUCCGAACACACCAAGACCACCUCACUGGUAGGGGACGUCGAUGACGACGCCGACGGAUCUGUCUUACACAGACACGUCUGCAUCGCCGAAUUAAUGACAAGGGUGACGAGCGUUCUGAAUACGGAUUCGAAGGAAACAUGUACAACUGAUGCGCUUAUGACCAAGACUUUGAUACAAUUGGAGGCAGCACAGAAACAGGGAGAGCUCCUGAGCAGUUCGCAUCGUCUCUGCGAAGGGCAAGAUUUCUCCACGAUUUCACGACCGAUAGCUACGUUACAUCUUGCAUACUACCGAGCCAUCCUCCAUGCGACCAAACAAUUCCUCCUCGACGUCGUCUCUACAACCUUUUCCACAGUAUCCGGCCCUAGGAUGACAGUUGGUUCAGGAACCAAGUUCAAAAUAUUAAAAUCCUGCGUGAAAGCUGCGGCAUACAGCCUUAACAUCCUUCAAGCCCUGCACGAGCAAGGCCUUCUUGAGACAUACAAUUUCGAUGAUCUCGAGGCGACUAUUACAUGCGGGCUAACACUCACCCUGGCCAACGGCGUAUUUUCCAGCAGCGUUGAUGACUCUUUCCUUGCCAUCACAAAGAACACCCUUCAAGACAUGAGUAACAGGGGAAAUCUCCCUGCAGAGGCCCUUCUCCAAGAGUUUAACGCCAUCAACGACAUGGUAACCAAGGCUACAUCCACCCGGCCCACAGGCUAUCCGUUAUCCUUACAGCUGUCUUUGCACUUAACUCAUAAUGGUCAAGCUCUGAACAACUGUAUAAUGGACGUGCUCGCGACUGAGAGCCCUGUGGCUGAAGUGUCUGACCCCAACCGGUCACAGACGCAAGAUCACAGCUUUUCCAGCAUGGCAGAGGCCCAACAGCCACUUGAUGUUGCACCCCAGGAUUUGACUUCGGCGCGGGACCUGGAUCCUAUGAAUCAUACGAUGGUGGAAAGUGGGAGCACAUACCCAGCUCCGGAGUUCUCUUUGGACGAUUUUGACGAUUUUCAAGUGCAAUUUGAUCUGGAUGUGAUGAGGCCGGGGUCAGAUGGUUGGUUAGACUUUGUGUGA